UGAAAAUGUCCUAUAUAACCCACUUUGUUAGUACAGACAUAUUGGUUUAUCUCGCAACAUGCAUUACUCUACUGCUUUAUUUGCUAAAGGGAUUCAAAAAUUCAGCUUUGAAAAUGCCACCAGGUCCAGCACCAUUCCCUUUUAUUGGAAACCUGAAUAUUCUGAACCUGAAAAAGCCUUUCCAGUCCCUUAUGAAGCUCUCUGAGAAGUAUGGAGAAGUAUUUACUGUCCACUUUGGCCCCAAGAAGAUGGUGGUGCUAGCAGGGUACAAGGCAGUGAAGGAUGCUCUUGUUACACAGGCAGACGACUUUGGAGAAAGAGCAGAAAUGCCAAUAUUUAGUAAACUGACACAUGGAAACGGCAUUGUGUUCAGUAAUGGUGAAUCCUGGAAAGUAAUUCGGAGAUUUACACUUUCAACUCUCCGAGAUUUCGGCAUGGGCAAGAGGACCAUAGAGACCAGGAUCCAAGAUGAACUCCGUCCUCUCAUCAAGCUUUUCAAGUCACAUGCUGGUAAACCUUUUGAUCCAAAGAUUAUAUUAAACAGUGCUGUGUCCAAUGUCAUCUGCUCCAUUAUAUUUGGGAAAAGGUUUGAGUAUAAUGACACAACCUUUCUCACUCUGCUCCAGUUAUUGAAUGAAAAUGCAAGACUUUUUGGGACCCCACCACUGCUGCUCUUUAAUUUUUACCCUCUCCUUGGCUCCAUUCUUGGGGCACAUAAGCGAGUCCUGAGGAACACAGAGCGACUGAAGCAUUUCUUCCAGAAUUACAUUAAUGAACACAGAGCGGAAUUUAAUGCAAAUAAUAUCACAGGUUUUAUUGAUGCGUAUCUUCUCAAACAGGAACAGGAAUCCUCCAAUGCAAAAACUCACUUCCACGAUGAAAACCUUGUCUAUUCUGUACUGGACCUUUUUGCAGCUGGUACUGAGACCUCAUCUACAACUUUACGGUGGGGUUUCCUAUUGAUGAUGAAGUAUCCUGAGAUUCAAAAAAAAGUCCAAAAGGAAAUAAAGGAAGUUGUGAGACCAGGGCAGUUACCCAAGGUGGAAGAUCGGAGGAAUAUGCCUUAUACUGACGCAGUGAUUCAUGAAAUACAGAGAUUUGCUAAUAUUGUUCCCAUGAACGUGUCCCGGGCAACUGUCAGGGAUGUGAAUUUCCGUGGCUUUCUCAUCCCAAGGGGGACUGAAGUCAUUCCUAUGCUUACAUCUGUUCUGUAUGACAACAAUCACUGGAAAACACCCCAUGAAUUUAACCCCCAACACUUCCUGGAUGCCAAUGGUAAAUUUGUGCAGAGGGAUGCUUUUCUGCCAUUUUCUACAGGAAGAAGAGCCUGUGUUGGAGAAAGCUUGGCCAAGAUGGAACUCUUUUUGUUUUUCACUGGUCUUCUCCAAAGUUUCACUUUGUGCCCACCUGCAGGUGUAUCUGGGGCAGACCUGGACCUCACCCCUGAUAUUGGUUUUGUUUUAACCCCUCUGCCUUUCAUGAUGUGUGCCAUACCCAACAAACAGACUCCUCAUUUCCCUUAACAACCAAAGUAUCAACAGGCCUAUUUUUAUUCUAGAAGUAGCAAAUUACCAUUGUGGUUUCUCAGCUUAGUAGGGAUGCAACGAAUCAAUGUUUUCGGAUCUGGCCAAACCCCCAAAUACUUUGUAAAGGAUUCAGUCGAAUACCAAACCAAAAAGUCAUUUGAUUCAGGAUUCUAUCCGGCCAGGAGCGUGGAUUCGGCCGAAUCCUGCCACAAAAAGUCUGAAUCCUGGAUUUGUUGCAUCCCUACAGCUUAGUAACACAUCACUAUAGCCAAUCUGAGUAUGAGCAGAGUGCACUGUAAGUGAUUUCAUGUCUAUAUCAUAGCUAAAAUAAAAGAUCAAGUUACUUUUGUUCAUGACACAUCUUUGCAUUUGAACCCAGGAGCCCAGAGCGGAGAAGCAGUAAUGCCGUUUUAACCUAUAAAAUGGGGCGGCAC